AUGACUGACGCGACGUACACGUUGACUGGUUUCGGAGGGUUCCUCGAGCGGCGACGCAUCACCUUCGCCGAGCCGCUGCCCGCCAUUCGAGUGUGCAGCAUCUGCGGCCUCGUACCGUCCAGCUCUCAGCUUCUUCCCUGCUGCCACGUCGUGUGCGACGGCCCCUGUGGCCGCCAGGUAAAAGCGGCGGGUUCCUGCCCUCUGGAUGGCCGCACUGUCACGACAUCCAGCGUCGUGCCUUUCAAAUUCGAGCAGUCUGAACUGGAGCAGCUUCUCGUCCGUUGCCUCAACGCCGCCGCCAACUGCACCUUCACGGGCAAGCUGAGUGAGCUCGGGGAACACUUACUCACCUGCGAAUGCGACGCAGUCGAGUGCUCGAAGUGCGGUGGACGGUUGUGCCGAAACGAGGCAGUGAGCCACAGCCGGACGUGCUGCGACUCGGCGACUUCCAUGACCCGAGUCGUGAGUGGGACGAACGCUUUGGUUGCCGUCGAAGAGACUGCGCGAUUGAAGCAAGACCUCGAGAAGCUGCGUGAAUUCGUCUCCAAAGAAGAAACGGUAAAAGACGCUAUCGUCAACGACGUCAACUCCCUAGCAGAGCGCGCCGCGCGCUUGGAGGCUCAGCUGAUAUCUGUGGCGAAGGAAAUCGACGACUUACGGUGCCUGUUUGUUACCCGCAAGCGCUUUCAACGCGGUUCCAUUCGUACCGCACCGUGCUGCCAGCGGUCGGGGUAG